GCCGCUUUCAACGGCAUUUAUAUAUAGGUACACACGUAUUAUGGGGACCAAAAGCUUGGCGAAAACUUACACCGACACACAAAAGAUGCGACAAGCUCGACGCUGAUCUGGUGGCUGCGCAGCCUUAUGUACCGUGUAGGCGUAUAGGUCUCCGUUCUGCGUCAGGAGAGAGCCAGCAUGAUAUCUGUGUUUGUUUGCGGUGCGAUGCAUCGUGUUUCUAUUCCUGUGCACACACGUCAUUUGAUUAUACAUACGAGGCAGCAGCAGCAGACUCGUCGCACUAUGGCUGCCAUACAUGCAAAGCGCUUCGUAUCAGUUUAGCAUUCCACUCUUGUCGGAACAUUAUGCUGGCAGCAGUACAACUCCCGAAGCAGCCGGCUAUAAGGAGAGCCGCAGAGGUGAGCUCCGGACAGAGACAGUCCUGCCCUCUCUGCCAAGACAAGCACAGACGCGACAAACAACAUCGAGGUGCUGAAGAGCAGCUCUCGCUAUUUAGCCAGCGUGUUCUUCCAGGGCCGUUCAGCGCCGAUGCCAAGACGCCGGCGCUGACACUGGAUGAUAUUCCAAGGCAGGGCCCCCCGGUCUCGUGCGCUGGGCCAGUUUGCUAUUCGCCUGCUGCGUGGUUGGGAGGCAUGAAUGUCCACCGCCAGGCAAAAGUCGAGCGUGCAGGAGACGCUGCAGUCCUGCAAAUACAGCCCAAUCGUCAUUCCGUCAUCCAUCUUUGCGUCGUGUCCCGGCGAGCAGCCCGCCCGCAAGUGCGUCCUGUCAUGUACGGGACAUGCCCACAGCCCCCUCGUUUAUAA